AUGCCACUGACUCAAAUUAUCGUAAUUAGUAUACUGACUGAAAUUGCAGUGGAAGAUGAGCAACUGCCAUUUGAAAUCAAGGAUGUCGUCCGGAUCCGAGCAAAUGAAAAAUUUUCAAAAUAUUAUGAGUGCAUGGAUGAACUUGGAGAAGGAAAGUUCGGAAAGGUCUAUCGAUGCCGCGAAAAAGCAACAGGUCUGCAGCUGGCAGCGAAAAGAAUCAAAAUAAAGCGCGAUGCGGACCGAGAAAAAGUGGAACGAGAGGUGGCGAUAAUGACGCAACUGCGGCAUCCCAGAAUAACGCAAAUUUAUGACGCUUUCGCCACACCUGAAAACGACGUCGUAUUGGUUAUGGAAAUUGUAAAUGGCGGCGAACUGUUUGAUCGAGUGGUCGAUGAAAAUUACAUUUUAACCGAAAUGGCUGUUGUUAUGAUUGUAUGUCAGUUAUGUGAAGCCAUAAGUUAUAUUCAUAGCAAGAAUAUUGUUCAUCUGGAUAUUAAGGUCCAAUUGCAGCCGGAAAAUAUCAUGUGUGUUUCGCAUACGGGUAAUCGGAUCAAACUGAUUGACUUCGGUCUUGCUCAGUUUUACGACGGCUCCUCCAAUCUGCUGUUCAUGGCUGGCACGCCAGAAUUUGUUGCUCCCGAAGUGAUCAAGUUUGAACCGAUUGAUUUCCAUACGGAUAUGUGGAGUGUUGGCGUUAUCACUUACAUUUUAUUAUCAGGCAUAUCACCAUUCCUCGGUGAAACGCUUGGCGAUACAUAUGUGGCUGUCGAGAAAGGCGAGUGGGAAUUCGACGACGAAGCAUUUGAGGCCAUCUCUCCGGCUGCCAAAGAUUUCAUAUCCAAACUUCUGAUAAUGGAUCAAAGCUACAAUAACAGGCAAAGGAUGCUUCCGAAUGAGUGCUUGAACCACCCAUGGAUUGUUGGCAGUCGUGCUAAAGCCGCGAAUGAUUUGAUUUUGAACGCACCAAAUGUUGGCGUCCCAUUAUCGAAAGAAGGACUCAAAUCGUAUCUCCGAAACAAGCGCUUUCGUAAAGCAACUUGGGCACUGGUUUUUCUGAUCCGAUUUAAACGACAAACACUUAUGAAUUACGGGAGGCAGAAGAUUGCUGCGCCAGUGGUCGAGCUGUGCAACGAUCAUCAACUUGAGGAAGUCGCUGAAAUAGGCACAGAAGAAAUAGCGUCAACAGCGGAUACGGCAGUCAAGGAUGAACUGGUUCUCGAUGAGCGGAAGAUAUCUAUCGAUAUCCCGAUAACGGUUGACGUGAAAGUCGAUGAAUCUACCCUGGAAUUGCAAUCGCCAACUUUAACAAAAUAUCCUGAGGAAAAGCUAAGCAGUGAAAUACCGAAAAAGAAACUAAGAGAAAGCAAAGGAGGAGAUAAGGUUACGACGACCAAGAAGAAAGCCAGAAAGCACAAGGAACGAAGUGCAGGAAAAUCCGAUGAAAUAUCUAGCCGACCGAAAAAACUGCACAAAAAGGAGCGAACAAAAACUCCAUCCGACCAAUUACCACAUGAUGAACUGAAAAAACAGUCCAGUACAACAGAGGUUACAAUUCCAGAAGCAGGAAGCAGUGUAAAGAUGACAGAAGUGCAAGUUGAUAUUUCCAAGGAGCCUGUGCUGAUGAACUAUGAACUGUGUACUGGCGUAGGAGCAUCAGAAGUUGCUCAACCUCUCGUCGUAUCAUUUCCCGGGCCCAGUUUAGCUGAAAGUAGUGGCAACGAGAUGAAGAAAGUAACAAGAAGAAAAGGUACCGCCUCGCCGUCUUAUGGUAGCCGCUCUUCACAAGAACUCACUACUCGCAGUGGUUCCAUGAGUAAACUUAGUGGAAUCAACAAAAAAGGCAGUUCGGUUGCCGCAAUUCUGUCAAUGUUUUCGGAAAAAGCUGAACAGGAGGCUCGACGAUUUGAGCGUCGGCCCUCUCGGCAGGUAAGGACAUUUCGUGACGUGGAAAAGCCGUCAUCCAGGAAGGCGUCACUGGCACCGCCAAUUCCAGAAGACGAAGCAGGCUUUGUGAAACGCCCUUAUCGAGCUCCGGAAGAAGAUAAAGAACGGGUUAAAAAUUUGAUUGAGCUCCAUCGUCGUGGUUCCGCCGAUCGGAAACAGGUGAACAUAGAGGAAAUCGUAGCCGUCAAACAUGAGGAAAUUCUUCAGUGCAGCAGCGGGCUCAAGAAACGCGAAAGCGAGACGCUGAAGAGUACUGAACGGAAAGAUGCAGAUUCGAGAAGAAGUGGACAAGAGGCGAGGAAGAAAGCGGAGCGAAGAUCAGAAAGUACGGAACGAAGACCACAAGCAACGGAAGGCAAAAAUGCUUUUAAAAGAAAAGCAAAACGAAAAGAAUCAGCGGCUGACGCAGAGAAAAGCAAAAUUAACGAAAGCGGGGUUGUCGCUAAAGUGAUUGUUCCUGGAUUGCCAGUACCAAAAUCGCACGUUGUGGUGGAGAACAAAUUGGUAGCAGCGUUCGCGGAGGAAAGCAGCAGUAAAAUAGCAGUGCCUCAAGCAGAAUGUAACUACAGGAAUGGGACACCGUCAAAAAAGAGCGCAAGGCAACGAAGAGAACAAACGGACGGCAAACAGGAUGAGGUUCCAUCAACUAAGAUGGAGCUGCUGGGAAACCGAGAUCCUUCACUGACCAGUCUGCAACGUCACCACCAAGCGGGGCUGGAAGGAAAGCAGCAAGUUUGUAAUGCUGUGGUAGAUAGCAAGCUUGCUUCUAGUAAAGAAGUAAAGGAUGGCGUGGGAAGGAGGAAGCUGAAAAAAACUGAUGAAGCUAGAAAUGCCUUUUCAGUGGGUUUAAUGGGUCCAGAAUCAAGCCAGAAGAGAGAGAAUGAAAACUGCAAGAAUACUGAUAUUGUUAUUGAAAAGAAAACCGCUUACAAAAGCUUCACAAACCUUUCGAAAGCACGUGCUGAGAAGCAGACACUGAAGGAGCAGGAAAUUAAAUUCGAAGAAGGUUCCCAAAACACUGGAAACACGGACACCAGUGAAAAUGCCGGAAAUAGUGCUGCAAAAAAGUCUGAUUCAACAAGCAAUGCAUCUGCUAAACUGAAGAAAUUUGUAGCCCCGGAAGCUGUUGUAAAAUCAGACAGUGCCAAAACGAGAAAACUGAAAGAGAGUGCCGUUGUUGCAAAAGGUAAUGGAUGCAGUUUACUGCAGCGAGCAGCUUCUUCUGGCAACAUCUGUCCCGGCCACAGCGCUGUGGAAAUGGAAACUGCUAAAGCUGAGGGCAAGACGAGAGCACUCCCGCGUUUACGGCCAUUACCAUCUAACACAGGCAGUGUAGAUGAAAUUGCUAGAAGUUCCUUAGCGGAAGGCGAAGAUCUGAGGAAGUCGACAGUUGUUUCUUUGCGAAAACCACCGAAAGCUCCAGAACUGAGGUCCGUUGGUGAACGUAAAUUGAGAGUCCUGGAAGACAGGGACAAGACAAAUAGUGAACGAAAGACUGGAAGCACGUCACUUCCAAAUGCGACCACUGGCGAAUCACAGGCACAAAAAUCUUCUCUCUGCGAUGCUACUCUCAAACGUAAGUCAUCCAAAAGGAGUUUUCAAAAAAAUUCGUUAAUGAAAAUACGAUCAGAAAUCAAUCUUGCUGAACAUGCACGAAAAGCUUUGACGGAUGAAUCGGAUACGACAUGCUUGCAACGAAAAGCAUUGGAUGAUGAAGCCACCUUGAAAAAUCGAAUGGCGGGAAUUCGACAAACAAUCACGGUUGCGAGCUUGAAGCACCACGAAAAUUUUAGCUUCGGCUGGCUUAAACUACAGCUCGAAUCGCGAGUAAACAAGGAACGAGAGGAGCAAGCUGCAUGGCGACCUCGUCGGGAUCCGCAAAUUUCACCACUUCAAGUUAAAAAUGCUCAAAAAGCUCUGAGUAUCUGGAAGUCGAUGGAGCAGCGCUUUAUUUCUAACACUUAG